AUGGGCGAUCAGCGACGAGCCUCGACGGUCAAGAGUCUCGCGUUGGCCGAGGCGAACCCUAGACACGCCUCGAAAAAAGGCAAUGCUAUUGUUAUGGGGUGCAUCGCGUUCAGUACUGGUAUUGCGUCGUUUCUUGCUGGAGUCAUCACCAUCGCUAUCCCUAUCAUGGCCAAAGACCUCAACAUUCCCGAAAAUCUGGUGUUAUGGCCUGUCACAGUAUAUUCUCUAGCUUGCGGAUGUACUCUUCUCGCUUGCGGCUCAGUCUCAGACGUCAUCGGUAGCAGACGAAUGUUCUUGUCAGGCUGUUUCCUACAGUGCUUCAUGACCAUCGCUUGCGGACUGUCAAAAAACACCGCUCAAAUCAUCGCGUUUCGCUCCUUCUCGGGCAUUGCAGCUUCCUUUUGCUUGCCUUCAGCUGUGAGUCUCAUCAACGAAGUGUUUCCCCCUGGCAAAGAGAGAAACAUCACUUUCGCUAUGAUGGGCGGAGCUCAACCUUUUGGUUUCGGCAUCGGUAUGGUCUUGGGUGGUGUUUUCACUGGCACCAUCGGCUGGCAAUGGGGUUUUCAUGUUGCCGCUAUAAUCAACUUCUUCAUGUUCAUUCUUGCUGCUUGGCAGCUGCCUCCUACUCCGUCGAACCACAAGCAUAAGAUCUGGUCUCGACUUGCGACUGAUAUCGAUUGGCUCGGACUCGUCCUCGCCAGUGGCUUCCUUGCGAUGCUCUCUUACGUUAUCUCGGCUCUCACAGGCGAUUUGACUGUGAUGAAGCAGCCCGUCAACAUUACUUUGCUCGUUCUGUCAUUCGUCCUCCUCGGUGCCUUUGUCCUUUGGGUUGGCCGUCAAGAACGCCUUGGACGCCCUGCUCUGAUCCCCAACUCUCUCUGGCAACACAAAGGCUUCUCUUGCAUUUGCUUCAACGUCUUUUGCGUUUGGGCGGCUUUCAAUGCUUUCGAGCAAUACGCCAACUUCUUCUUCCAGGAUGUGCAAGGAAACAGUCCUCUGGGCACUGCUCUUCGCUUUCUGCCCGCACCAGUCUCGGGCGCCCUUGCCAACAUCGGUGUUGGUUUGCUGGUCCACCGCAUCCGUGGCGAUUGGAUCGUCGUACUCACCAGCAUUGUCUCAGCCCUUGCUUCCCUCUUGAUGGCCAUCAUCGAUCCAAGCUGGUCGUACUGGCGCUGCGCCUUUGUCGCCCAAUUCUUCAACCCCGUCGGUGCAGACGGCAUGUUCACUGUCGCAAACCUUCUCAUCACAUCCAUGUUUCCACCCGGCGAACAAGGCGUUGCAGGAGGUGUAUUCAACACUAUUUCACAAACUGGCAAGUCUGUGGGUAUGGCUUUGACGUUGCUGAUUGCUCAGCAAGUUACUGCAAACUCCAAGCAUCAGGACAAGACUUCGCCUGAGGCCUUGAUGGUCGGGUAUAGAGCUGCAUUUUGGUUCUGUGUUGCGUUGAUUGUUGCGAGUUUGCUGGUCAGUGUUUGGGGUUUGAGGAGGAUUGGAAAAGUUGGUCUGAAGAAGGAUUAG